AUGGCGGAAUCCGCAGAGCAACUAAAAUCGCACUGCAUCAUCUUCCCAUGGCCGAUCCAAGGUCACAUCAACCCCAUGCUUCAAUUCGCCAAACGCCUCCACCACAAAGGCCUCAAAAUCACUCUCCUCGUCACCAAUUACUUGGCCAAAACCAAGCGAUUCCCUACCGACGCCAUCUCCACUGAAACCUACACCGACGGAUACGACGACGGAAUUCCGUCCGGAAUCGACCACGAGGAGUGCGCGCAGAGGUUUCUGGAAGUCGCGCCGGCGUCCGUCAAGGAAGCCGUGGAGAGGAUUAUUGCCGAUUCCGGCGACGUCAGCUGUAUCGUUUACGAUUCGUACUUGCCCUGGGCUUUGGACGUCGCCAAGGACCUCCGCCUCCUGGCGGCGCCGUUCUUUACUCAGUCCUGCGCCGUCGAUUAUUUGUACUACCUGACCUACGCCGGCGACCUGGAAAUACCGGUCUCCGGCGAGAGGGAGAUAACUAUUCCUGGAGUGCCACCGUUGGUCGCCGGAGACCUGCCGUCGUUUCUGACGGGGCAUAUACCUUUCCCGACGAUUUUUAAACUGGCGGUUCUGCAAUUUCAGGACGUGGCGAAAGCUGAUUGGCUCAUUAUUAAUACGUUUUACGAGUCGGAGAAAGAGUUGGUGGAGCAUAUGAGGAAGCUCUCAAAAGUGGCGACGAUCGGGCCGACGGUACCGUCGGUUUACCUAGACCGGCGGUUGGCGGACGACGGCGACUACGGGCUGAGCCUGUACAAGCCGGCUACCGGCGCCUGCAUGGAGUGGCUGAGCCGGCGCGUGCCGGCUUCAGUGGUGUACGUUUCUUUCGGGAGCGUGACGGAUUUGGGGGAGGCGCAGAUGGCUGAGCUGGCGUGGGGGUUGAAGCUGACCGGAAAACCGGUUCUGUGGGUGGUCCGGUCGACGGAGCAACGGAAGGUUCCGGAAGAGUGUACGGAAGGGGAAGAAACCCUUAUUGUGGCGUGGUGCCCGCAGCUGGACGUGCUGUCACACCCGGCGGUUGGGUGUUUCGUCAGCCACUGCGGCUGGAAUUCUACGCUGGAGGCGCUCAGCCUCGGCGUUCCGGUGGUGGCGGUGCCGCAGUGGUCCGACCAGCCGACCAACGCCAAAUUCGUGACGGAUGUGUGGAAGAUAGGGGUUAGGGCGGCGGCGGGGGAGGACGGGGUCGUCGGGAGGGAGAAGAUGAAGGUGUGCGUGGAGGAAGUCAUGGUAGGGGAGAAGGGGGCGGCGAUUCGGAGGAACGCCGCGAAAUGGAAGGAGCUGGCCAGGACCGCCAUGGACGCCGGCGGGAGCUCCGACCGCAGCAUCGACGAGUUCAUUGCUUCGUGCGGUGCCUUUAAAACCGUUGCUUGA